UGUUAGUUAAACAACAAACAAAACAAAAAAAAGACAAAACCUGCAGCUACUUAAACUUCUUCUCUUGCUUCUUUACCUUCACUCUUCACUACCAAACUCUAAACACUCUUGUUCUCAUACAUAACCAUACCUAUAAGCAGUUCAAAAAAAAAACAUACCUAUACAUACACACGUAUAUAUUCAUAGAUAUGGGAGAAGGAGAGGCAAAAGCUGAGCAAGCAGCCAAAGAAGAUCACAAGAAUGCUCCCUCCGCUUCUUCCACGCCGGAGUCUUGCUCCAAAGACAGCGAAGGAGGAGGAGGCGGAGGAGGAGAUGCUCUCCGCGCAAUCUGCGGUGCCAUCUUCACCGUCCUCGUCUUACUAGGAAUCAUCGCGUUAAUCCUCUGGCUCGUCUACCGUCCACACAAGCCACGUCUCACCGUCGUCGGAGCCGCGAUCUACGACCUCAACUUCACUACGCCGCCGUUGAUCUCAACCUCCGUUCAGUUCUCCGUCAUGGCGCGAAACCCGAACCGGAGAGUCUCCAUUCGCUACGACAAGCUCUCCAUGUACGUUACGUACAGAGAUCAGAUCAUAACGCCGCCGCUUCCGCUUCCGCCGCUUCGUAUGGGACAUAAGUCUACGGUGGUGAUAGCUCCGGUGUUGGGCGGCGACGGGAUACCGGUUUCGCCCGAAGUGGCGGAUGGACUGAAGAGUGAUGAAGCAAGCGGCGUCGUGAGGAUGAGAGUGGUGGUUAUAGGGAGGCUACGUUGGAAAGCCGGUGCGAUUAAGACUGGACGGUAUGGAUUUUAUGCCACGUGUGAUGUGUGGAUGAGAUUUAACCGAUCUUCUAAUGGUCAAGUUCCUCUUCUAGCUCCUUCAACUUGUAAAGUUGAUGUCUAGUUUUUAAUUUUGUCUUGUAGUAAUGUUUUUAAUUUUGUUUUGUAGUAAUGGCUUUCUUUAACCUUUUGUGUUAAAAAAAUGAAAAGGUAAGUUUAAAAGUUAAAUGUAAUUGUAAGCUUUGAUCUUCUGUUGAGAAUAAAUCCAGAUAUUAUAGAAUACAUUCUAAUC